AUGGAGACCGUCCGCCGUCCUAAUUUAGUAAAGCAGCCUCACGUAUUGGGCCCUGGCGUUGACUUCUUCACUGAAGACGGCGAGCCUGUUCGCCCUCAGCCUUGUGUGCACACUCUGCAGAAGGUCUUCUCUGGAAGUGCUCUGGACCUCAACGCAAUGAAUGGCGAUAUCGUCUCAGAGGAGGAAACGCCGCAGUCCACCAGCUCGCGCCACAAUAACCAACAACACCAGCAGCAGCAGCAGCAGCAGCAGCAGGUCUUGCCAGGGGCAACAGUGUCAACAAUACUCAACCAACUUUCGUCUGAAACCGAGAAGGAGCGUGCUAAGAGUGCCAAAAAUAAGACGAAUGUGCUUGUUGUUGGAGGCAUUGGCUACAUAUCCAGCCAUGUUGUGACCAAGCUCCUCGACGCCGGUUACACCGUUCGGGCAACAGUCCCCAAUACUUUAAGUCAGCAGCAACAAACAGACCUCUACUCCAUGAACCGCGAUCCCGAGCAGCGCCUGAGUGUGUUCGAGGCGGAUAUGACAAACUCAGCAAGCUUGCGCGACGCUCUGCGGGGAUGCAAAUACGUCAUACACUGCGGCUGCGCCGGAACCCCAGGAGACAAGGACCCCGUCACAUUGCAUGUAAGUGCUGUUCAGGCACUAUUCGACGCUAUACGUUUGGUUGGAAAGUCAACCGUUAAGCGGGUAGUCAUAACUGGUGCAGCGUCCUCCGUGUUCCACAUCACCGACCCGGAUCCCCCGUCGGGAUCUUUUGAUGAGUCCUGCUGGAACACAGUCGCCACGGCGACGACUGACCUCAUUCCGUACGCGCGCAUCUGUUUUGAAAAAGAGGCGUGGCGGCUAAAGCAUAUGCUCGGUGUGGAGUUGGUGGUGGUUUUGCCAUCCAUCACGAUUGGGCCCAGUCACACGGAGGAAAUUAGCGAUGCCAUGAUGCGAAUACAGGAGUUGGCCAACGCCUCCUCGAGCUUCCCGUAUGCACCCAAUGUGUAUUGGAACUUCGUAGAUGUACGCGAUGUGGCUGAGGCGCAUGUGCGAGCUCUGGAGUCUCAGGAGGUAAGGGACCAGCGCGUCAUAGUGUCAAACGGGUGCUUUAGUUACGCUGAGCUUGCGAAGAUGAUCAAAGAGGCGUACCCGCACCUCACGCCACCUACACGCACCGCCAACACCUUGAUGACGCUCCUCCUCGGUGCCACGCAGGCGCAGGUGAAGUUGCAAUUCCUGUGGCGUACCGUGGGCGUCCGGAAGCACCUAGAUACGCACAGAGCGGUGACAGGGCUUGAUAUGAACUUCAUACCAAUGCGGGAUACGAUACGCGCCUGCAUCGCGCAGUUCAUUUGUGCCGGCGAGGUGCCCUCAGCAAACGCGCCACGGGCGAUGGGCAGUCGCACUCGGCUCGUCGUAAUCUCCACUGUCUGCGCCGGGUUCGGUGCAGCAGCCGUGGCAGCGUGGGUCGUAGCGCGGACCAGGUGGAGAAGGUAA